CAUUUUAUUAUUAUAUGAAUGACUAUUAUUUAACACCCGUUUCGAUGAUAUAUCGGGUAAUUAUCGGACAAUUAUUGUUGUCAAGUAUGGCGUAAGUCAUGUACUGAUUGACUAACUGUUAGUUAAUUGAUAUUUAAAUGCAAUGUUUGUGUCAAUUGUGUCAACUCUUGUGGUCAACACUUAACAGUUGUGUUGAUGACCAUUGAUGUCCAUUGAUGUCCAUCAGUGCCAUACAUUUACAGACAUUUGUYGAUCACAUCAUUGAUUGACAAUCACUUUGCCAUCAAAUCAAACAAUUUGAUUGACAAUUGAUUUAAUUAUCUAUUGAUUCAAAUAUUGAUUGUAUUUAUCAUACAAUUUGCAUAUAAUAGUCAAAUACAUUGAAUUUAUUACUUAGUUUUGAAACAAUGUCCAGAUGUUCAUUGAAAUGAAGAGCCCAUUCAUUGAUGAACUAAUAAUAGUCGUCUGACUGAUGAAAAAUGAAUGUCAUUUGUGACCAAUUGUUUGUCAUUAAAUCAAACGAAGAUAUUGAUAGUUAUGUUAUUUGAAAGUGUUUUAAAAGAAAAACGAAAGUCCAAGACCUGGAAGAAUGGGUCGACAACCAAAUGGUUUCGGUUUAAUCAAUACUCACUUAAACAAUGGCUCUUUAUAUCUGUUCUCUUCUCAAUUAUCACUCUUUUCAUAUUAUCUCAUCUUAUGGACAGCUAUUCAUUUCAUGGAAUGGUAAGAKUGCCUCCAAAACCUAAGUUUAAAUGUUAUACAAAUGAAGAUCUGUUCCGACCAUCACUACAUCGAUUUGUGGCCAAUAAACAUGAAUCCAAACUACAAUACCGUUUGGAGCCAAAGAUAUUGCUGUUUGUUGAGACCCAGUACUCAAAACUUGGCAAACAAUUGAUAGAGUUUUUAGAAUCGACACGAUUUAAGUUUAAAGUAGAAACUGUUAGCAAAAGUUUACCGCUAUUGACCAACAAUGAUAAGGGAAGGUUUGCGGUGAUUAUGUUUGAAAAUUACAACAAAUACUUAAAUAUGAAUAAAUGGAAUCGAGAAUUACUGGACAAAUAUUGCCGACAAUAUAGUGUCGGUAUAAUCGGUAUCGUUCAACAAACCAACGAAAAGUUAACUGAUAUCCAGUUGAAAGGAUUUCCAUUGCAUAUCGAUACCGGUGUUUCAAUUAGAGAUUAUCAAGUGAGCCCAUCAUCUCCUGUAUUAAGACUAACCCGAGCGGGUGAAGUGCACUUCGGUAACAUUCCGGGUCAGGAUUGGGUUGUCUUUCAUUCAAACCACACCUCAUAUCAGCCUUUAGGUCAGGCGUCUCUACAGCACGAGUUGGAGUACUAUUUGAAUGAUGAUUUAAAUAAUGAUGAAUACAAUUUUAUUUAUAAAAAACAAUUAAUGACUACUGUUAUUCAAGACCACGGAUUAUAUGAUGGAAUACAACGAGUAUUGUUUGGCAAUGGAUUGACAUUUUGGAUCAAUAAAUUACUUCUUCUCGAUUCCAUUUCAUUUUUAUCUCACGGAAAGCUUAUUCUUCCUCUUCAACGAUACCUUCUCAUAGAUAUUGACGACAUAUUUGUUGGCGAAAAAGGAACGCGAAUGAAGAGAUCAGAUGUCUUAGAAUUGCUUGACUUUCAAAGACGUCUGAAUCUACUUAUUCCAGGAUUUCGUUUUAAUUUAGGAUUUUCUGGAAAAUAUUAUCACAAGGGAUAUACUGAAGAAAAUUAUGGCGACGACCUUCUCUUAGAAAAUGUCGAUAAAUUUUGGUGGUUUUGUCAUAUGUUUUCCCACACUCAGCCACAUCUUUAUGAUAAUAUAACGAUUUUAGAAAAUGAGAUGAUUGCUAAUAAGGAAUUUGCUCAGAAACACAACAUACCUAUAGAUUCGGGUUAUUCAAUAGCUCCGCAUCAUUCGGGUGUCUAUCCAGUCCAUGAACCACUAUAUGACGCCUGGAAGCAGAUCUGGAAUAUACGGGUAACGAGUACUGAGGAAUACCCGCAUUUACGACCCGCACGAUUAAGACGUGGAUUUAUUCACAGAGGAAUUAUGGUAUUACCGCGACAAACAUGUGGUCUCUAUACUCACACUAUUUUUAUCGACAAAUACCCCAACGGAAGGCAUCGUUUGGAGAAUAGUAUUCGUGGCGGAGAACUCUUCUAUUCAUUUAUAUUAAAUCCGAUAAACGUAUUUAUGACACAUUUAUCAAACUAUGGUAACGAUCGUUUGGCUCUUUACACGUUUGAGUCAGUAAUAAAGUUUGUCCAGUGUUGGACUAAUCUACAACUUUAUACAUUACCACCCAAUCAAUUGGCAACUAAAUACUUUAAACUUUAUCCUGAAGAAACCGAUCCUAUUUGGAUGAAUCCAUGCAAUGAUAAGAGACAUCACGCCAUUUGGUCGUCCACUAAAUCCUGUGAUCAGUUGCCCAAGUUUUUAGUGAUUGGACCACAAAAGACUGGUUCAACUGCUUUGUAUACUUUUUUAUCAAUGCAUCCGACAAUCGUCAGCAACUAUCCGAGUCCUGAGACCUUUGAAGAAAUUCAGUUUUUUAAUGGAAAAAAUUAUUAUAAGGGUCUCGACUGGUAUAUGAACUUCUUUCCGGUGCCUAAGAACUCGAGUCCCAGCUAUUUGUUUGAGAAGAGUGCGACUUAUUUUGAUGGAGAGUUAGUACCAAAAAGAGCGCACGCAUUGCUUCCCACAGCAAAGAUUGUGGCCAUUCUGGUCAGUCCAAUCAAAAGAGCCUAUUCAUGGUAUUAUCACAUGAAAGCCCAUAAGAGCUCAGUUGCUCUUAAUUUUUCAUUUUAUGAUGUGAUUACUGCUAAUGAAAAGUCGCCAAAACUUUUGCGAGAGCUUCGCAAUCGAUGUUUAAAUCCGGGCACUUAUGCUCAACAUCUUGAACGAUGGCUUACACACUAUUCGCCACAACAGAUAAUGAUUAUCGAUGGCGAAGAGCUCAAAGCAAAUCCAGUCUUUGUUAUGAAUAGAUUGCAAAACUUUUUAAAAAUUGAGCCCUUUUUUGAUUACAGUCAACACUUGAAAUUUGAUCCAAAAAAAGGUUUCUUUUGUCAAGUGGUUCAUAUGAAUAGCACAAAAUGUUUGGGAAGAAGUAAGGGUAGAAUAUAUCCACCGAUGGAACCGUUGGCUCAAAAGUUUUUGCACUCUUUUUAUUUGUCGAAUAACAUUGCAUUAUCUAAAUUAUUGACUCGACUUCACCAUCCGAUACCUGCAUGGCUUGAGGACGAUCUCAGCACCGGAUAUAUGUGAUAGUCAUUAAAGCAAUCAGUAUCUCAAUUAUAGGUAUUUGUGCCAAUAGUAAGCAAUUGUUGUUAAUUUGUUGUUAUAAAGACAAUCAUUCAUAGCUUCGCAUCGCACACACAUUAAAUCAAUUAUUGGUAUAUAAAUUUUAUUAUUUG